AUGGAAUUAAUCAAUGGUAGUGUAAUCAGGAAUGAUACAAGCGUUACAGCAAUCACUAUUCGGUCAUCAACAAUUCCUGAUGUGAUGAAAGGGUUGACAACACUUGAGCCAAGUUGCUAUGUUAUUGAUACGAAUCAUUUGAUUGAACGUUUAUGGCUUGUUACAAUCCUUGGCUCAACACUUAGCACUAUCAGUAUUAUUGAAAAUGUUUUCCUAUUUUUGAUUUUUAUCACCAGCAAACAGCAUCGUCGCAGUCAUUCGCUAUAUUUGCUACUUCUUGCACUUACUGAUAUAUUCAUUAGUUUCACUUAUAUACUGAUAAUGUCUGUUAAAGUACUCUAUCAGUAUAAUGAAUGGGUUUUCAUGAAAAAAAUUUGGAUGGCAUAUGUAGUACCGAUGAUGACAAUGUCGCAUGUUGCCAUAACCGCCUCAUCUUUUCUUAUCGUCUUCGCUACUGUAGAAAGAUUUUGCAUCACAGCUUCAAGCCAUCAUGUUGAAUUUUUGCAAAAUAAUCGCUGUUAUAUUGCUUUCAUUGCUGUAAUAAUUGGUGUAGUUACGAAGGGAACAUUAAUACUUGAACUUAAGCCAAUUCAUGAUUUGAGCUGUAUUGGAACGCUUAAUGAAUAUCGAUUAGAGAUAACAGCAUUGGUAAUUCAUAAUGAGCACUACAAAUUAUUUCGUUUUUGGUUCCGCAAUAUUGUCACUAUUCUAUUCCCAUUUUUUACAUUAAUGUUCCUGAAUGCUCGAAUUGUCAACGAGCUGAGGAAAAGUUUUGUUGCCGAAAAGCACAAUAUGGAAUCGACACGCGCCACUAAUGCUAAAGAACAAAAAGCUCGAAUUCGAGCAGCUACACGAACUUUAAUGCUUGUUGUGUGCACUUAUCUUUUAGCAAAUAUGCUCAAUGUGAUCAUAACAAUUUGGGAACAUACUGAUGCAACAUCACUUUUCAGCAGCUUUUUGGACUUCUAUAUCUUCAGUGUUGAUACAGUAUCGUUAUUGACCAUUGUAGCAUGCGCUUUACGGUUGCCUAUCUAUGCAAGUUGUCAACCAGCGCUUCGUGCUGAAAUGAUUCAUUUUGCAAAAGGAUUUUGCAAGAGGCCAAAAAGGCACGUAAACAAUGAACAUAAUGAAGCAUCACUUAUCAAUCGUAAUGGUACCGUUAGUGAAACAUCUUUCAAUGAAUGA